AUUAUUUUAAUAACAAUAAUUUCAUUUUUAAUUUUUAUUAUUUCUAAUAUUAUAAUAUUAUUAUCAAUUAUCUUAUCAAAAAAAUCAUUUAUAGAUCGAGAAAAAUGUUCACCAUUUGAAUGUGGAUUUGACCCAAAAUCAAUAGCACGAAUUCCUUUUUCACUACAUUUUUUUUUAAUUACAAUAAUCUUUUUAAUUUUUGAUGUAGAAAUUGCAUUAAUUUUCCCAAUAAUUUUAACAUUUAAAAUAGUAAAUUUAUUAAAUUGAAUAAAAAUUAGAUUUUUUUUUAUUAUUAUUUUAUUACUAGGAUUAUAUCAUGAAUGAAAUCAAAAUAUAUUAAAUUGAACAAAUUAA